AUGCUCGAUGCUAUUGUCGCUGAGCAUAAGAUUGACUCCUCCUUUUGGGAGCUUCCUUCCUGCUUUUACCAACGUAGCGAUGAUAUUGAAGAGGUCUUUUGUGUUCCAUACACCUUGGUUCGCACAGCCUCCACCAUAGAACAUACUGACGCCAGUGAAUCAGAAAUUUCAUAUACCCUGAGAUACCCCGAGUAUAAAGAAAGUGAGGACAGAUGGACCAUCAGACAGACCGGAAUUUACCAUCAGUUCGAUACCACAACGUCCAAGAGCCUAUUCGUUCUAUUCAAUCCAACACCCCGAUCCAGCGCCCAAAAAGAGGCAGAAAGAUUGCUCAGUGACUCCCCCUCUAUAGUGACAAGGGAGCCUUUCUGGCUGCAUCGACUCCUGUUCUCUAUCUAUACCCCUGCUUGGCGGGGGUAUAUCGGGUCAUUGGAACGAAGAUUCUUGCCCAUUGCCAACACAGCUUUUGCGACAUUCAUCGAGGAGCCAUUGCGCCUCAGUUACGAUCACCUCAGCACACUAAGUAACCUAGAGAUCCGGUUCCUCCAAGUUCCAGCAAUGAUUACAUCCACAACAGAUGUAAUUGACGAACUAUGUACGAUCUUCGAAGCAAUAUCACGUCCGAGUAUCGAAAGCCAGGACCUUCAAAAUCAUCGUCGCAAGUGCCUUGUCAAUUCUCGAACAGCAACGCAUCUCAAGGAUCGAGUGCAAACAAUUGCUCACUUGCUUGCUGAUACCCUACUACUUCGCGAUCAGGUUGUUGCAAGGGAGCAGAACAAGAAUAUCUUUCAGCUAAAUAAGUCAGCUGUCUUCAUCACUACACUCACACUACUCUACCUCCCGGCCUCGUUUCUAGGCACUUUCUUCGGUAUGAACUUUUUUGCGAUGGACCAAGCUGAGAAUCGCAUUGUCGGCACUCCCAUGGUGUGGAUAUAUGUGGUUGCUUCGGCUGUGCUCACUGCAUUUACAUUCUUGUUUUACUACUGGCUAUUGCAUCGCGAUGGGUCUGUGUUUCGUAAGCUGGUGCCAAAGGUGCCUGAGUGGAAUAUCCAGGCCUUGAGACGACAAUGGACAAAUCGGAUGAAGGGUGAUGUGGAGCUACAGAGCUAUCAACUUUGA